CGAUUUUAUCUUACCUCUGCCCAGAUUACAGAUCAACGACGUCGUUUUGUUUCUUCCUUCUUCCUCCUCUGUUCUUCCCGAUUCUGAUUUCUUGGGACGAAUCCUUCUCAUCUUCCAAUAAGUUGCUGAAGGAAAUCCUGUAUUAUUCCUGAUUAGACACGGCAGUGUUCGGAUCGCAUUGCGAAAUAGUCGGAGCGGUUAAUUUGAAGAAGAAAGAAUGGUGCUGAUAACUGCAGUACGGGAUUACAUUAAUCGCAUGCUACAAGACAUUUCUGGAAUGAAAGUUCUCAUCCUCGAUUCUCAAACGGUUAGUAUUGUGAGUGUGGUCUAUUCCCAAUCAGAGCUUCUUCAGAAAGAAGUCUUCUUGGUGGAAUUUGUAGAUUCCAUUUCAAUGUCGAAAGAACCCAUGUCACAUCUCAAAGCUGUUUAUUUUCUCCGACCAACUGCUGACAACAUUCAUCUCCUGCGGCGCCAGCUGGCCAGUCCUCGCUUUGGAGAAUAUCACCUGUUUUUCUCUAACAUGUUGAAAGACACUCAGCUUCACAAUUUAGCAGAUUCAGAUGAGCAUGAAGUUGUUCAGCAAGUCCAGGAGUUCUACGCAGAUUUUGUUGCAGCUGAUGCCUACCACUUCACAUUGAAUAUUGCAUCAAACUACAUGUACAUGCUUCCUGCAGUGGUGGAUCCAUCAGGUUUACAAUGCUUCUGUGACAGAGUGGUUGAUGGACUUGCUGCAAUCUUUCUGGCGUUGAAACGGAGACCUGUGAUUCGUUAUUCAAGGACAUCUGAUGUUGCCAAAAGGAUAGCACAAGAAGCACUAAAGCUGAUGUACCAACAGGAAAGUGGGCUUUUUGAUUUUCGUCGGUCGGAAGUUUCUCCCUUAUUGCUCAUAGUUGAUAGACGGGAUGACCCCGUAACGUCCCUGCUCAAUCAAUGGACAUAUCAGGCAAUGGUUCAUGAACUGAUUGGUAUUAAAGACAAUAAAGUUGAUCUGAGAAACAUUGGAAAGUCAUCAAAGGAUCAACAGGAGGAGGUUGUACUAUCUUCUGAGCAAGAUGCUUUUUUCAAAGCCAACAUGUAUGACAAUUUUGGAGAUAUUGGAAUGAAUAUUAAAAAAAUGGUGGAUGAUUUUCAACAAAUUGCAAAAAGCAAUCAGAAUAUUCAGACCAUAGAGGAUAUGGCUAAAUUUGUGGACAACUACCCAGAAUACAGAAAAAUGCAUGGCAAUGUUUCCAAGCAUGUGACGUUGGUUACUGAAAUGAGCAGGAUUGUUGAAGAACGGAAACUAAUGCUAGUUUCCCAAACAGAGCAAGAUUUAGCUUGCAAUGGUGGGCAAGGAGCUGCAUUUGAGGCUGUUACAAAUUUGUUGAAUAAUGAAAAUGUCUCUGAUGUUGAUCGUCUACGCUUGGUCAUGUUGUAUGCAUUACGAUAUGAGAAAGAAAGCCCUGUUCAACUGAUGCAGUUAUUCAACAAAUUGGCAUCACAAUCUCCUAAGUAUAAACCAGGGCUUGUGCAAUUCCUACUAAAGCAAGCUGGGGCUGAUAGAAGAACUGGGGAUCUUUACGGAAAUCGAGAUCUGCUUAACUAUGCACUUAACAUGGCUCGCGGCCUCAAAGGUGUAGAGAACGUUUACACCCAGCAUCAGCCUCUGCUAACUCAGACAAUGGAGAGCAUUAUCAAGGGGCGUUUGAGAGACAUUGAUUACCCUUACAUUGGAAAUCAUUACCAGCAAGCCAGGCCUCAGGAUGUGGUAAUUUUCAUUGUUGGCGGGACUACAUAUGAGGAGGCACGUGUUGUUUCUCUACAAAAUUCUACAAACACUGGAAUACGAUUCAUCCUUGGCGGCUCUGCAAUUCUCAAUUCAAAGAGGUUUUUGAAAGAUCUCGAAGAAGCCCAAAGAGUUGCGAGGACAAGCUCUAAUGUGAUUUGAGAAACCAGGUACACGGCACCUCACCUCCUUGAAGACUUGUAAAUUUUCAGCAUGUAGAGUUUUCGCAUAUUGUAUCGAAACUGUAAAUGAGCCCUGGAAUUCUGCGCUUAUCUGUUUCGCUUCGCCGGGGGAAGAGAAGAAGUUUUGUUAAUUGAUCCACACUGUUAGAUCCAAAGAUUAGAAAGUCUUACAGGUUGCAAAAUAUAUAUGUUUCUUAUGAAUGUUUAGAUAUA